GAGAGAGGGAGGGAUAGAGAGUGUGUGUUUAGGAUUCACGCAUUGGGUCAGCCAACUAAACGUGUUGCUCAAACUGAGAGAGGGAAUACGAAACGCUUGUAAUGACAGCAGCGUCAAGAUAGCUGAAUUGCGCGAGUAAACAAGAGGCUUCGCGCAGCUGAUAGCAACAAAUCAGGCAGACAGAUCCGAAAGAGACACGGAAAAAGGAUCUAGUUUGGGUUGGCCCGAAAGCGUGGACAAGGCUGUAAACCAGAAAAGACAUGGCGGAUGCUGACUUGGACUUCACAACAGGCGAUGCAGGUGCCUCUGCUACCUACCCCAUGCAGUGCUCUGCCCUGCGCAAAAAUGGUUUUGUGGUUUUAAAGGCUCGACCAUGCAAGAUUGUGGAGAUGUCCACAUCUAAGACCGGUAAACAUGGACACGCCAAGGUUCACAUGGUGGGCAUUGACAUCUUCUCUGGCAAAAAGUAUGAGGAUAUCUGUCCCUCAACCCACAAUAUGGAUGUCCCUAACAUCAAAAGAAUGGACUACCAGCUUAUUGGCAUACAGGAUGGCUACCUGUCUCUGCUCCAGGACAGCGGUGAGGUCAGAGAAGACCUGAAAAUGCCAGAGGGAGACCUUGGCAAAGAGAUAGAAAGCAAGUUCGAUGCUGGUGAGGAAAUCCUGAUCACUGUCCUGUCUGCUAUGAACGAGGAGGCUGCAGUAGCCAUCAAAGCCAUGGCUAAAUAAAACACAGCAGGGGUUGACAAGAUGCACCGGACCCGGAUAGGAGAGAAUUAGACCUCAGCAAUGCUAUCUUCCCUCCUUUUUCAUUCUUUCUUUAUUUCUCCCUCUCUGUACUUUAUAGCCCAUCUGUAGGUUAAAAACUAGGAAAUAAAUUUAAUAUUCAAAAUG